GAACGAUUGUGAAGUCGGAGAAUCCGGUGUUCCAUAACGCUACGAACAUCGGAGAUAGUACAAAAGCUGCCAUGGACACGGAUUCGCUGCUUCGCAAUAUUCAAGCCGUCGUCACUCAAGCAGACGAGGAUGGAGAGAUCGAUGCGGGCUUGUUUACCAUCAAGCUCGCUAGGGAAAGGGUCGCACGAACCAUGGAGUUGGAGCCGGAUGCUUUGAAGACGGGAGACAUGAAGUCGACGUUCAAGGCGAUGAUCGAGGAAGCUAUUAUCAGUCUCUCCAGCAAGCAAGGGGAACAGCAGGAUGAAGAUGCUGAAUCGUCUACGAAGUCUCGUGACCGGAUUGAAAGACACAAAGCCGCAACGACCGGAUCUACCAAUGAAGCGGAUACCUCUAAGCAGAUCCCCGAGGAGGACGCACGGUCGGACUCCGAGAUGUCGAGUCUCAUAGACGAACAACCCGCGCGAACAAAAAAGAAUGGCAAGGCCAAUGGAUCGGGAAGGAAACGGAAGAGUGAAGGAGAGGACUCGAAGCCCAAGAAACUACCUAGGACAAGUGAGACGAAACCUACGGGAAAGACACAUGACGUGGAAGAUGAGCGGGUCAAGGACUUGAAGGCGAUCGUGACCGCCUGUGGGGUCAGGAAGCAGUGGAAGAAGGAAUUUACAGACUGUCCUUCGCCGGGAUCUCAAGUACGGCAUCUCGAAUCGCUCUUGCGUUCAUUGGGGAUGAAAGGACAACCGACCAAGGGGAAAGCCAGGUCGCUCAAGCAGAAGCGCGAGUUGGCGGCCGAGCUUCAGGACGUUACCGAGUUUGAAUCGGAAAGAGGGUUGGGACUUGCCGGUUCGGCUGGCGGAUCGGGCCGAGGGGAGGAACGGACAAGUCGAAAUGGGUCAGGGAAGCGGGAAGAUCGGGGUCGAAGAGGUACCGUAGUGGUGUCGGAUUCGGAAGAAGACGUACAAAGUGAAGAUUGAGCUAGAAGCGGCUAUCGGUGUCGACAUCUACAGCCAAUAUCCGCUCUCAAGGCCAUCAUAACGGCCGACACAGAGUUUCGUCCGUGCGGCAUAUCAUUAUCAACAACCGUCGGUUCGUGGCGUGCGGUCACUGCACCAAUAAGACCGAGAGGGCUACGUAGCUUUCGCUCGUCCACUUGCCUUCAGACAUCGGUCAGCCUCCCACAUCCUUCGCUUUCAUGACGAUCUGCGACGUUCGCUUUCAGCAUGAACCAUAAUUACGGGUCACGAGCAAUGUUCUACGCCAUUCACGUAUGAUCAUUUAAAAGGGUUCGAAUCAUACUGUAUCGGAUUAUAGCUCCAUAUGGGCUUUCUUCCCGUGGCUUAGAGAAGAUCUAAGCAAUCGUGAAUAUGCCAUACAUGUUUCCUGGU